AUGUCAAGCAGCGGCAUAUCCCUCCCCUUCAGCGAGGAAGCCCUUGAAGCCCUCAGCAGCAUGAGAUCUGGGGGCUUCGUGAACUUGGUGCAACUGGCAAUCAACAUGGAGAAGGAAACCAUCGAGCUCGCCGGCGCCAGUACCUCCGCCAUCCGGGACUUCACGCGGGUCAUCGCAGACAAUGCGCCGCGGUUCUCGUUCUUCGUGUUCAAACAUGAGCACGAGGGCGUCGAGGAAGCUCCGUUGGUGUUCAUCUACACCUGUCCCGCCGACAGCAAGAUCAAGGAGAAGAUGCUGUACGCCUCCACGCGGGCUGCGGUAGUGGCUACCGUCGAGAAUGAAUGCGGUCUGAGAAUUCAGAAGAGGCUGGAGGCAACCAGCCCAGACGAGAUCGGUGAAGCUCAGCUUAUUGAAGAGUUCCAUCCCAAGGCGGAGGUUAAGACCACUUUCCAGAGACCAAAACGGCCGGGAAGGCGUUAA